AUGUCGGCAUCGUUCAACAAGCCAAGCAAAGCCAAAAUUCAGGCUGAUAAAGAUAUUGAACAAGCAUGCGACUCAUGCCGAGUCCGUAAAUUAAAAUGCACCAAGGAAUUACCGGCAUGUAGUAAAUGUGUUCAGUAUGGCCGAGAAUGUUCCUAUUCGCCGAGGACAAUGCGGUCUCCUCUAACGCGGAGCUAUUUGACGAAGAUGGAAGAUCGCUGUCGGAAACUUGAAGCGGUUCUUCACGAGUUGUUGCCGAAUGAUGACAUUGAUAAACUUAUAUCCAGACAGAGUCAUGUGUUUAGUGGUUCUUCACUUAAAAGUUCAAACUCAAUAAGCUCUAUGCGAAUCAAGGAAGAAACGUCCCCGUCGGUUACUACACACCUGAGCAGUUCAAUAACAAGUGGCUCAGCACCGAACUCUUUAACUACCACACCGAAUAGUAUAAUCAUGUCACCUGCUCAUAGGCCAACCGAGCCUAGUGAAGACAUACCCGAGGAAGCAGAUGGAUUUGACUGGAUAGAAGAAGAUGUUUGGGGAAACGAUCUAUCAGAUGGAAUGGCGGCAUUAUCUAUCAAUCCUCAAGGAACGGGCUACUUCGGCAUCGCAUCAGGUUCGGUAUUACUUCGAGCAUUGAAGAUUGAUCCCUGGGAUCUUACGGUUCCACCCAGACAGACAGAUCAAGAUACAAGGGACCCAACGAUAUCUAAACUUGACACAGCCCUUGUCGGAGGGUAUAUGACGAACACUAUAGUGGACGCUUAUUUCACAUUCUAUCACACUUCUUAUCCAUUUAUGCAUGAAGAAACUUUCCGAAGCAUCUACGAAGGGAGAGCGCCUAAACCCAGAGAAGAUGUAUGGGAGGUUCUACUUAAUACAGUAUUGGCGCUGGGUGCUUGGUGCCUAAAUAGUGAACAAGGGAGUGCUGAUUUGACUUUCUAUCAAAACGCCAAGGGUCUUAUUAACUCCAAUAUUCUUGAAACAGGUAGCCUUUCAUUGUUGGUCGCUCUGACCCUGUUGACUAACUAUAUUCAAAAAAGGAAUAAGCCAAAUACUAGCUGGAAUUAUCUUGGUUUGGCAGUAAGAAUGGCACUUGGUUUGGGUAUGUACCGAGAAUUCCCAGGAUGGAAAAGUGGUCUUUUAAAGCAAGAAAUGCGCAGGCGUUUGUGGUGGGGGCUUUAUAUUUUUGAUGCCGGUGCAUCAGUAACAUUUGGCCGUCCAAUUAAUCUCCCGGAAAUCUCAACUAUUGAUUCAAAGCUACCGAUGAACAUAGAUGAGUCUGAUUUGACAGCGCUGAGCACAAUCACACCAGUUGAACGCGACAGACCAACGAUCUACUCGGGAAUGAUAGCACAAUCUAAAUUUACAGUUCAAACAAGUUCUCUCUACAAUAGACUUAUAUCAAAGCCUAUUCCUAGUGCCGAGGAGGUUCUCGAAAUGGAUAAGCAGAUCGACACAUUUAUAAGGGAUAUUCCUCCUUGGUUUGCAGAGAAUGGCCCUCCCAUAUCUCACUACACAGCUGGAAGUCAAUUGAAUGAUGCAACAAUCGCAGGCCUAAUCUUGUCAAGAUAUCGCCUUCAUUGGAGAUAUAAAAACCUUCGUAUUAUUAUGUUCAGACCUUUUGUUGUUCAGACAAUAUUGUCCACAAACUCUCAAAAUGAUACAUCUAGUUCGACACCAACAAGCGAAGCGGAACUUCAAUGCAAAACGAUAUGUCUUCAGAAUGCUCACCAAACCAUUCUUUCAGUCGAAGAAUUUGUUAGCACGGGGCAAUUGUCGAGUAUUUCCGUCUGGUAUGCUGUGUUUUUCCUGUUUCAAGCUUGUAUGAUUCCACUUAUUUGUUUUUGCGCCGACCCUACGUCUGAAAACAGUCCAGCCUGGUUUGAUGAUAUUGAAAAAACGAAAGCAGUGUUAUGCUCGCUCUCUGCAGACAAUAGACUCGCUUUGCGGUUCUUGGAGGUUAUCGAUCGAUUGUGCGGAAAAUACAUUGAUAAUUAUAUUCAGACACAAACUAGCCCGGUUGCAAAAGCUGAGUUCAUGUCAGAUAUAUCAACGUAUUUCUUUGAUGGCUUUAUAGAUUACACUGGUCAACAAGGUGAGGCUGACGUUUCGAAUCCUGCUUCCUUUAACAUUCUUUCUGAUGGUUUAUAG